CGGUCUUUAACGGUGCGUCGUCUCAUUCCGCGCGCUAGUCUAGUACGGCGCAUUUUACAGCAAAAUCCUUCUCAUAUCACGAUAAAUUUAGAUAUACUAUUGUCCGCAUUAUUUCGCAGUUUAUUUAUGUUGAGUGUACGGUAAAUCUCAAAGUAAUCGCGUCAUAAACGCAGUCCUAGUUUUCUGGGCGUUUGAAAUCGGACACCGCUAUAACGUCUCCCCUCUGCGCGGACGGAUACACUGUUGCAGCUGACAAUGUGGACGGUGCUAAAAUGUCUCCUCGGAAGAUGAGAUGUUACAUUUGUAGCGCUCAGAAGAAUUAGAAUAUAACUCUAAACAGAGUUACAUUUGAGCGCGGUUACAUUGUAACAACUCUCGACGAGGACUGUUCGUGUUUCUUGGGAAAUAGGAGGCGUUUUACACCGUGAUUAAGCGGGAUCUGAGACGCGGAGGGGGAAAUUUUUGUCCCCCAACUUUUGUGUUUUUCCUCUCGGGCUGAAGCGCGUUUCUCUCCCGCUGGAUGCCGCGCGCUUGACGUGAGAAACGGAUCAUAAACCUGUUUGAGCUGAGAGAGAGAGAAAGAGAGAGACAUUUGAGCGAGAGAAGCAGAUCAAGAGCACACAGGACCAGGAUGGCGACGGUGGGGACCGACAUGGAGCUGAACGACCUGCUGGAUUUCAGUCUUUUGAUUCCUCUUCCUGUGUCGAACGGGAAGAACAGAGGCCCUACUUUACCCAGCAGUCAGUAUGUUUUGGAUGAAAGAAGUGGCUCCGGCUCUUGGGCUUCUGGAGAAGCGAACGGUCCCUCGUUUGGUGCACGGCUGUAUGGAGACGGCCAUCACUACCCUGAGCAUGACGGCAUGUACAACUUAGAGAUCGACGGGAAAUCUGAGCGAGGAUACCCCGUCACACAGCCGCAGCUCAUGAGCGCUGAUAUUAGCGAUGGUCUUUCUCCUCCGGGAAUGAAAGUCUCUUCUCAGUUCUACAGUCCUCAUCGCCGGAGGGUCGCUGACUCCAGUUUAGAUCCACUGCCCAAGAAGAUCCGGAAGGUUCCUUCUGGCCUGCCGUCAUCUGUGUCUUCGGUUUAUCCCGGUUGUGAGGACUAUAACCAGGAUGGCUCCGGAUACCCCGGAUCCAAAGCUGCAAACCUUUAUCCAGGCUCUUUCUGGCAGGAUGGGCUUCCGGAUCAUUGGGGACAGUCCAGUUAUCCUCCGGUCAUGAGUAACUCUCCUCACAUCGGUCAGCAGGCUCCGUUCCCCUCCAUAAACACACAGAAGCGCCAGCCUUUGCCCCUUUCACCGCAGAACUACCCUCUGCACGGGAGCGAGGUCAACUUACCCACCAGCUUCCACCCGGCGUCGGCUGGAUACGGCGUUCCCAACCACACGCCGCCCAUCAGCUCCACCGAGGGCAUCAUGGCAGUCAGCAGAGCUGGAAACCCAGGCAGCUCCGGCGCGGAGAUCGGGAAAGCUCUCGCUUCGAUAUAUCCCUCUGACAAUAACAGCUUCUCCUCGAGUCCCUCCACUCCUGUGGGCUCUCCUUCUAAUGUUCCUGCUUCUGCAUCUCAGUGGCCCAAAGGCUCUUCUCAGCCCAGUUUUGAGCCCGGACUGCAGGCUGCGAAUAAGAUGGAUGACCGUCUGGGUGAAGCGCUGCAUGUGUUGAGGAAUCAUGCAGUGGGCGCAGACAUGCACAGUUUACUGAGCGGACAUCCAGCUGGUGCUCUGGGCUCCAUCAGUCAGGCCUUCGGGCUCAUCAGCCGUCUGCCCGGCCUGAUGUCAAAUCACAGUGAUGAUGCCGCAGGCUUGCCACAGUCCAGUGCUCUUCUGCAGGGACACCACGCCCCCCACCAGGCUCCGCCCACUUCUCAGUCCGACACCUUUACCAGUCUUUCUCUGCCUCGUUCCUCCAGCUCUGAAAUAAAGCGAGAGGAUAAGGAAGAUGAUGAGAACCUGUCUAUUGGAGAUAAAUCAGAGGACGAGAAGAAAGACGGAAAAAGCCGCACGAGAACGAGUCAAGAUGACGAAGAAGAUGAUGAGGAUUUGCCGAUUGAGGUGAAGGCGGAGCGGGAGAGAGAGCGGCGCGUGGCCAAUAACGUCCGUGAGCGUUUGCGUGUGCGCGACAUCAACGAGGCCUUCAAAGAGCUGGGCCGCAUGUGCCAGAUGCACAUGAACAAUGAGAAACCUCAGACCAAACUGCUCGUCCUUCACCAGGCUGUAAACGUUAUUCUCAACCUGGAGCAGCAAGUGCGAGAGCGUAAUCUGAACCCGAAGGCCGCGUGUCUGAAGAGGAGAGAGGAGGAGAAGGUGACAGGAGAGCCGCAGAUGCUGACCGGUCUGGGUGGAGACGGACACGGACAUAUCUAACAUUCAGAUCCUGAUGUUGAGAAGCUCUCCGUCGACGUGGCCUUAUCUUCCCGUUCUUGUUCCAGAGUCCACACACACACACACACACACACGCAAACACACACACACAUUCGUGAUUUAUAUAUUAUAAACAGAUGUGUCGAAGACUCGCAUACACACAGUAACUUCCUCUGAACACAGUAUGUCCUCAUCAACACGUGCGAUCAUGGACCAUCGGUGGAAAUCAGCGUCUGCGGCCCGGACGUCCUGCUGUUUGAUGCUGUGAUGUUAGAUUUACAGUGUGCUGUUCUAGAGCACACACACACACACACACACACACACACACACACGAGCCUUUGUAUUCAACGCAAGGUCAAGCUCUGCCUCGGGAACAGAUUCCUGUAUUCUUUGUAGUUCAUGUAUUCAAGUUUGGCUUUCUUUUGUACCGUUUUGUGUUUAUGAUGUAGAGAGAGAUGUUCAGUUUUGAUGCGCAAUGUUUAUGGUUCUGUUUGGGGAUCGCCACUAAUGUGUGAAUCCCACAAAACCGCUCACAUUUCACCUCUAAAAAUAAAAGUUUUUUUUUUUUAAAGGAAUAUUAAGCCUGUUUUAUGGAACAUUAAGAUUUUUCAAAAAUCUUUAAAUUCUCAUUGUAAUGAAAAAAAUACAUUUAAAUGUAAAUGAUAUAUAAUAAUGCAUUUAUUGUGUGUCCUUUACGCUUAUUUAAAUUUAUAAAAAUUUUUUUUUUUUUUGCUGUAUUACAUUAUAUAACAAUACAAAAACAAAAACUAUAAACACUUGGACACGUUAAGAUAAUGGUGAAAACUAAAUUCUGUUAUAUAAAAUAUUAUACUAUUUUAUUUUAUUUUGAGGGGGUGAUAUAUCUGAACGUGUUUUUGUUUUUCACUCUAAUAUCUGCGUUCAUCCAAAAGAAAUGGAAAGAUUUUUAUUUUAUUUCAUGGAAAAUAAAGCCUGUUUUACAGAA